AGCCCCUCUCCCUACCUUAUACACGACACUCACCCGCAACCACCAAAAUGUACGACCCGAAAAUCGGCGACCCUCUCUCCGCCCUCGACACCCCGUCGAUGAUUGUCGACCUGGACUUAAUGGAAUCCAACAUCCACAAACUCUUCUCCACCCUCCUCCCGACAGGCCGCAACAUCCGUCCGCACCUCAAAACCACCAAAAGCGCCGCCCUCGCCCGCAAACUCGUCGCCGCCGGCGCCAAGGGCUGCUGCGUGGCCAAAGUGUCCGAAGCGGAAGCGAUCACCGCCGCCGGCUUCGACGACAUCCUGAUCACGUGCGAGAUCAUCGGGGCCCCGAAGGUGCAGCGGCUGGUGGAACUGGUGAAAAAGCACCCGGGGAUCCGGAUCGUGGUGGACAGCGCGGUUGGCGCGACGGCCAUCGAUGCGGCGCUCGGAAAAGCGGGUGUGACCACGGCUUUGGCGGUGCUCAUAGACUUGGACGUUGGACUGCACCGCACGGGGGUGGCGGAUACGGCUGCGGCGUUGGCGCUGGCGAGACACAUUGCCGAUAACCUCAAGAAUCUGAGGUUGAUCGGGGUGCAGGGGUAUGAGGGCCACUUGCAGCAUUUGCACAGUCGGGAGAAGCGGAAGAUGGAGUGUCUGGCCUCGAUGGCGAUCUUGACUGGCACGGCGGAGGCGCUGCGCAAGGACGGACACCAGAUUGAGGUGGUCACGACGGGGGGCACGGGCACCGCGGAGUUCUGUGCCUCUGUGUCUGGGGUGACGGAGCUGCAGCCGGGGUCGUUUAUCUUCAUGGAUACGGAUUACCGCAACGCGGUGGGCGGGUUCUAUGCGAAUAGUCUGACGAUCUUGUCGACGGUGAUCAGUCGGCAGGGGGAGCGGCAGAUCACUAUUGAUGCUGGGUUGAAGUCGUUGACGACCGACAGUGGGCUGGCGGAGUGUAAGGAUGCGAAGUACGCCCAUCUGAAUCUCGGGGAUGAGCACGGGGCUUUGAGUUGGGAAGCAGGCACCACCGACUUGCAGAUUGGUGAUCGGGUGGAGAUGGUCCCCAGCCAUAUUGAUCCAACGAUCAAUCUGCAUGACUUUUACUAUGCGCAUCGGAAUGGGGUGAUUGAGGAGAUCUGGUCGGUGGACUCGAGGGGCAAGGUCCAGUAGAUGGGAAUUCUCUUCACGGGCUCUUCGCACCAUUCCGAAGAUCAUAAUGCAGCAACGAAUGCC